AUGGAAAGAAAACCUGACAGUGGAAAAGUUCAAGGUACAAAGUCUCAACAGAAUGUGUCAAACAAAAAUAAUGACUCGAAACCUAAAGUUUCUCAGUCACUCCCAGAUACAAAAAAUGUUUCUUCUGAUAAGAGUGUUGAGUCUUUGCAAAAUAUGACAAACAAGAUUGCUGAUUCCAAUGCAAGGGCGUGGCAGUCAUUUCGAGCUGCGAAAAAAGUUUCUUCUGAUAAGGUGAAAUAUUUGCCUAUGGACUUAAUGAAAAAGGCUCGUGAAUAUGCGGCUAAGUUGGAAAUAAAUCAAGGCUGCGAAAAAGCUGAGGGAAAAGAAAAUUUUGAUGGACAAGGCAAUUCAUCUAGACCUUCAAAUUUGCAGCAUUUGCUGAAAAUUGUUUCUUCUAAGAUCACAAAUGUUUAUGGUGAUAGGCAGAAUGUGCAGGAAAAAGUUGUUGAUUCAAACAAGGACAAACUUUCUCAAAAACAAUCAAAGCCUACUAUAGCGUUGGAUUCAAAUAACAAGUUUCAAAAUGAGAAAGGAAAGAAGAAUUCAGUCAGCCAAUCCAAUUCAUCCUCGCCAUUCUCAGCUUCAAAUUCGUCUAAUGCUUCGACGCCAUCAAGCAGAGUUUCUAUUGACGAAUCGGAAUAUAUUCAAUUAAAAAAGGAGGAGUUGAAAAAUAUUGAAUUAAAAGAUUUGCUUGCCAAAAUUUUUGCUGAAGAAAAAAAGUUUUCUGAAGUAGAAAAGAAGGCUGAGGAAUUUGAUCAUAUAAUAAAAACGUUUGAGGUUUCUCUUGAAAGAUCGCUUAAUAUUGAAAGGAAAUUAAAAAAUUUCCGUGAUUUUCUUGCUUCUCAAAACCCUUCUGUGUUGGAUAAAAUAAAGAGAAAGUCUGCUUAUGAUGCUGAUUUUUAUUUUGAACUAUUGAAUCAGCAUUUUGUGUUUUAUGAAUAUACUGAGAAUGGAUUUGAAAAAGUGAAAUAUUUGCCUAUGGACUUGAUGAAAAAGGCUCGUGAAUGUAAGGCGAAUUUGGAAAUAAAUCAAUGCAUCGAAAAGCUGUGGGGUGGAUUCGCAUGUUGCGUUAAAAGAUACUUUGCAAAAAAUUUUUUUAUUGAUGUGAAAUCACAAUGUGCCAUCAUUGUGCUUAGUAAAAUCUUAAUUGAAUGUUCUGGAGGGUUGUUGGAUGAAUAUCUCCUUUUUAAAGCAAAAUCUAAACAUAUAGCAGACUUCGAUGAAAUAUCCUUUUGUAUUGAGGAAGUGGAGGAAUUUAUUCAAAUAGUUGAACAAAUUGAUCCAAAUGAAGUCGAACAAAAACUGGGGAAUUAUAAAACGGAAAAGGUGAUUUUGAAUAGAGGAAGUUGGGGUUGCAUGAAAAUAUUCGAGUAUAAGCAUGAUGGUGCUAUAUUUUGCUACGACUUCAAGUUUAAAUACACUGCAUCAAAAUUAAAGGAAGAAGACUACAAAGAAUUGGGAAAUAAAAAUAUUAUUUUAGAUUUUUAA